AAAUUAUUAUUUUUGAAUUUACAAUGCUAUGGUAAAUAAAAAAUGGCUCUGUUGAUUCAAUUCAAGCUUUGCUAUUAAGACUGAUUAAAAUGAGAAGCCAAGGUAAAAAUGAACCCAUGACAAGUCAAUUAACACUUGCAAAUCUAUUUACUCAUCUGGCUAAAGGUUUUGAAAGGCUUUCUGGUUAGACUUAUGUGUUAACCAAAGUUUUUAGGUUUAACCAGAUCAGUCAUUUUGGUUUUUUUGUGUUAUAAUGUAUUUCGUCAAAUUGAUAUUAAUCGUGUUCUUGUGGAUUGAAAUUGACUGUAAACCUCGAUCUUCAAACAGCACUCUUCCAUUGACUAAUGAAAUACUCAAUAGGUUAUAUACAGAAGUGUUAGAAUCAGACAAUGCUGAUUUGGUGACUGAUCUAUUAGCUAAUGCAUUUGGACACCACCAAAGUCAACAAGUUGAUCCACUCUCACAAUUGUCUUCGUCCCUAAAUACUUUAAAUAAUUUGGCUUCUACAUUGUCAUCUUUUAAGACAGUAACUCCACCAAUGAAACCGUCAAACGACUCAAACUGGUCAGAUGAUCCUGAUGCUAAUCGAACUACUCAAGAAUUUAUUUUAUCAAGAGGUUUCUCUUAUGAAGAUCAUUAUGUUACAACCAAAGAUGGAUACAUUUUACAUCUAUUUCGUAUCAUCAAUCCUUAUGCAGAGCACGCCUUAGGAGCUGACAAUUUACAUCCAGUCCUUCUUCAACAUGGCCUAUUUGCUACUUCUUCCGUCUGGAUGUUGAACUCGUUUGAUGAAAAAAUAAUUCCAUGGGUUCAUGAACAAAAAUCUGAGAUGAAAGGUAACAGUCUGGCCUUUCUUUUGUCCAAUUCAGGAUAUGAUGUUUGGCUUGCCAAUAAUCGAGGCAACAGUUAUUCACAAAAUCAUACAACACUGGAUCCAGAAGAUGAUGAAUUUUGGGACUUUACUAUAGAUGACAUGGCCAUGCAAGACACAUCUGCUGUUAUCGACUACAUUCGUUACUUAACGGACAAAAAAAUAACUGUUAUUGGGCAUUCAUUUGGUACAACACAAGUGCUUGCGCUGCUUUCAUUCGCUCCUCAUUACUCUUAUUACAUCGAUAUGUUCAUCGCUUUAGGUCCAAUCGGCUAUUUUGGUAAUGUGAAAGGUCCUUUUGGUAAACUUUUAGACAGCUCACUUGCCCUUGAUAUAGUUGGACUUUAUGACGGAAAAUUUCCCCCUAAAAUUGAUCGAACCAUUAAAAACAUUUUCACGUCCUUUUGUGAAAAUCCAUCUUUAAGAGUUAUCUGCACAGCUGUAUUUGACAUGAUAGGUGGCAUGAACCCUGACAAAAUAGACGAGAGUCGACUAGGCGUCUAUUUCAAUAACAUUGAUUAUGUUUCUAUGAAAACAGUUGAGCAUUUAUUUCAAGCUAAAGAAUCUAACAUUUGGCGUCUUUUUGAUCAUGAUGAAGACACCAACAACGAUCUAUACGGAUAUGAGACGCCUCCAAAAUAUCCUUAUUCAAACAUUGAUUUGGACAAAAUUAUACUUAUAAGUGGACUUAAUGAUCGUAUUGCGUCCACAGAUGAUGUUCAGCAAUUAAGGAAAAAAUUAAAAAGUAAAAUUUUCCACGAUUACAUUGUCAGUGAUAAAAGAUGGAACCAUUUUGAUUAUAUUUAUGGUAUUGAUGCUGGUGAACAAGUCAACAAUUAUAUUGUAAAUGUGCUCACGAAAUACGUAGAGCAUUAUCCUUUGUAAUGUCCGUGAAACAAUUUGUGGAUAUCGAGAUGUUGUAUCUGAUAGCAGAAAUUUUGUGCAAUGUAAUACAAUUGAUGGAUAGCAUAAGUCGUGAUUUAUUAUUACAAUAACCUAGAUGAUUUUUUGCCUCUCCUUAACCCAAUAUGUACAUGAUAGUGAAGAGGGUACAAGUGAGAAUAGAAAAAUACAAUAAAACAGAAAAAAAACAAUUCAUAUGAAA